AGCUUGGAAUUAUUUCGAUAUUUAAAUAAUUAUAUCAAAAGCAUUUAAUUUGAUUCCCAAAAGGGCGCAAACCCUCUCAACCGUCUCGGCAGGAAAGUAGAAGAAUAAAAAUAAUGCAGAGGAGCCGCAAGCGAAAGCAAGAGGAGUCGUCAUCAUGCUCAAAGGAAUCUGCAACCAAAUCAGCCCGAAACGACGUCGUCGUCGACCCCUACCCAUCUCACCCGCGACCCACCCCUGUAGAAUGUCGGGCCGUGCGGGACGACCUCUUGGCCCUCCAUGGUUUUCCCCAACGAUUCGAGAAGUACCGCAAGCUCAGGCUGCCCCCUCUUCCCCACACCUCUUCUCCAGGGCUCGACGGCGGUGGCGGAACUCCGGUGAAGUUGGACCCGUCUGACGGCGAUGACGUGAAUGGGUCCUCUCAGAAGGAAAGCGUUUUGGAUGGCUUGGUCAGCAUCAUACUCUCACAGAAUACAACAGAUGUUAAUUCUCAAAGGGCUUUCGCUUCUCUCAAGUCUGCUUUUCCCACCUGGCAAGAUGUUCUUGCUGCUGACUCCAAAAGCAUAGAGAAUGCCAUAAGAUGUGGCGGUUUGGCUGUGACUAAGGCUUCUUGUAUCAAGAAAAUGCUGAGCUGUUUGCUGGAGAGAAAAGGCAAAUUAUGCCUUGAGUACUUGCGAGAUUUAACAGUUGAUGAAAUCAAGACAGAGCUUUCUCAUUUCAAGGGUAUUGGCCCCAAAACGGUUGCAUGUGUUUUAAUGUUCCAUCUUCAGCGAGAUGAUUUUCCUGUGGACACACAUGUAAUCCAGAUUGGGAAGGCCAUUGGUUGGGUUCCCGCAGUGGCAGACAGGAAAAAGGCAUAUCUUCAUCUCAACCGACGGAUCCCGGAUGAGCUAAAAUUUGACCUUAACUGUCUUCUUUUCACACAUGGCAAACUCUGCCAUGAAUGUACCCAAAAAGGGGCCAACCAGAAAAGAAAGGAAUCCCAUGAGAGCUCUUGUCCUCUGUUAACUUACUGUGGUGAUGUGUUUAAAUCCAGCAGCCCCAAUUGAGUUUAUAUGCCCUCUCUCUCUCUCUAUCCCUCCCAUCUCACACAACAUUACCAUUUCCUUCUGGAAUUAUCAAUGUAUUGUGGUGGGAGAAAGAGAAAGAAAGGCAUAGGUGGAUCAGAAAAGGGAUUGGCAGAGCUGAUGUUUAUGGACUGAUAUGUGAAAUGGUAUGAGAUGAAGCCUCAUCAAUUUUAACCAACCCACUAUUCUACAUACACCCUAGGGUAUCCCUAUUUGAUUCACUUUUGAGGACAGUGAAAUGCUUGAUCAUGCCUACUUGGUUCUUUUCCCCUAAAGCAACAAAGCAAUGUGGACUGGCUUAGAAGAAAAAAGUACAAGAGAGGGUUGAUGGGAAAAGAAUUGCAGAUUCCAUUAGUUUCUAACAUGUACUAAAAGUGUUGAGAGGAUGGAUCCAAUGUACUCCUACAAAUAUUGUCCACAACAAAAAAUGCUUUGUUUACUUAUUCAAUAAUUGAGGCUGAUGAAUUGAUUUA